AUGGCGGCGAUGGUGGUGGUGGUGGUGGUGGUGGUGGUGGUGAAACGCCGACUCCGGGAGAAACGCCGACUCCGGGAGAAACGCCGACUCCGGGAGAAACGCCGACUCCGGGAGAAACGCCGACUCCGGGAGAAACGCCGACUCCGGGAAAAACGCCGACUCCGGGAAAAACGCCGACUCCGGGAAAAACGCCGACUCCGGGAAAAACGCCGACUCCGGGAAAAACGCCGACUCCGGGAAAAACGCCGACUCCGGGAAAAACGCCGACUCCGGGAAAAACGCCGACUCCGGGAAAAACGCCGACUCCGGGAAAAACGCCGACUCCGGGAAAAACGCCGACUCCGGGAAAAACGCCGACUCCGGGAAAAACGCCGACUCCGGGAAAAACGCCGACUCCGGGAAAAACGCCGACUCCGGGAAAAACGCCGACUCCGGGAAAAACGCCGACUCCGGGAAAAACGCCGACUCCGGGAAAAACGCCGACUCCGGGAAAAACGCCGACUCCGGGAAAAACGCCGACUCCGGGAAAAACGCCGACUCCGGGAAAAACGCCGACUCCGGGAAAAACGCCGACUCCGGGAAAAACGCCGACUCCGGGAAAAACGCCGACUCCGGGAAAAACGCCGACUCCGGGAAAAACGCCGACUCCGGGAAAAACGCCGACUCCGGGAAAAACGCCGACUCCGGGAAAAACGCCGACUCCGGGAAAAACGCCGACUCCGGGAAAAACGCCGACUCCGGGAAAAACGCCGACUCCGGGAAAAACGCCGACUCCGGGAAAAACGCCGACUCCGGGAAAAACGCCGACUCCGGGAAAAACGCCGACUCCGGGAAAAACGCCGACUCCGGGAAAAACGCCGACUCCGGGAAAAACGCCGACUCCGGGAAAAACGCCGACUCCGGGAAAAACGCCGACUCCGGGAAAAACGCCGACUCCGGGAAAAACGCCGACUCGGGGAAAAACGCCGACUCGGGGAAAAACGCCGACUCGGGGAAAAACGCCGACUCGGGGAAAAACGCCGACUCGGGGAAAAACGCCGACUCGGGGAAAAACGCCGACUCGGGGAAAAACGCCGACUCCGGGAAAAACGCCGACUCCGGGAAAAACGCCGACUCCGGGAAAAACGCCGACUCCGGGAAAAUACUGUGAAAUGUUAA